AUCACAGGCAGGCCGCUGCAGUGGCUUGUAUUCUCACCAGUCUCUCCCUCGGUCUGCUCGUCAAGCACUUGUGCACAGUGCAGCCGCUUCUCUCUCUACCCCCAUUUAGCAGCUCAGACGGCUGUAAGCGGAGAAUCGGGAAAAAUCCAGAUUCAAGAUUGCGUCGGACCGCCGCCCUGUCCUUCUGCUGGGGUGAAAGAUGGAGGAGCCACCGGAGCGAGGAAAGAGGGGAAGAACUGCCGGCGAGGGGAGCUCGAGGCCAAGAAAAAAGAACCAUCGGUGGGGGUCAACUGCUUUGGUGGUGUCGAACCAGCCGAGAGUAGCGGCCAAUCCGCCGCCGCGAGAGCUCGCGUAUAGAUGCAUGUUUACUACUGGUCCCUUUCUUGGUGUGAGCACUUUGUUCUAUUCAGCGGCUGAGCUCACUGGGAUGGGCGGCUUGCUGACGAAUAGAUAUGUGGGAGGAGUAGAUCGGAUCCAGUACGCAGGGCUCCUUGCUGACUUGGAUACUAGUAACAUGUCCCUACGUCUCCAGAUGGUCAGAUCAGGUUCAUUACUGACGAUGAUGCAGUUAGGAUCCUAGGGGUAGUUGGUCAUGGUAGGAUUGUCCAGUUUGGUACUCCUGCCAGCAGAUCUGCCCUGGUGAAAAAAAUUAGAGGAUUCUUAGGUCUGAGGGGGAGAGGUGGCAUAAAGGUGUCCGAUUUAGAAGAGGUGAUUAGUAGAAUAAACCCUUGUUGCAUGGACGAGAAUGAGACAAUCGCUUUCUUGGUAGCAUCUGCACUGCUAGGAGCUGCUACCUUGCUAGUGCCAAGGCAAUCUGUGGCUGCAAUCCCAGAGGAGUUCCUCCCAUUAGUCGAGGAUCCGUGGCAGAUCGGUCAGUACAACAUGGCCAGAUACUCGAUUGACGUGCUAAGAAUGUGCGCCAAUAGGUUCCAUGCACAGGUGGCCUCUGGAGCUGAGGUCGCCAUCUUGGGUGGUCAUGUGCUUUUCCUUGGGAUAUUUCAGCUGGAUUGGAUAGACUUCGGUGCUGCAAACCUUAGGUCAAAUCUACUGCCAAGGAUUUCUGCAUAUACAUUUCCCAUGGUAAAGAAAUUGGUCCAGCUGCUGAGAGAUAACCCAGGGUUUUACCGAACUAGGCCUGAAGGUUACAUGGAGUCACAUCACUGGGAAUGGCAUCCUCUGAUGGCAGAUAAUUCACACAAUCUAUUCUGGAGGCCACCGGCUGUUAAUCGCCGGACUGAUGCAGCGAACCCACGCCAUGGUAUGAGCAUGGAAACUAGGGAGAUCGAGGAGCAGCUAGUCGAGGUGAUGCAUCAGCAACAGGAUGGGGUGGGCGAUCUGCAGCCUGAACACACAGCCCAGCUAUAGCCCGUUGGUGUGGUUGAUCAGCAGCCUGAGUGCAUGGGACAACAGCAACUCGACAAUGUAGGUGAGCAGCAGCUUCAGAACACAGUGCAGCCAGAAGCAGAAAUCAUGGAUUAGACAGAUGUCGUGGGCACUGAUGAACAAGAGACUGUGAAGGUGGAACCAGUGGAAACUCUAUCAGUACCGCAAGCCAAUCAUAAGUACCUCAUCUGCAAUCAUGAUAAUAUACGUGUUGAAACCACAGGACUGAACUUUGUUAACUUUUGCGGGAAAAAAUUUCUAGGUGUGACUGAGAGAAGGGGAACAGAGCCUGAGCGAGGAGUUUACAUAGAUGAGACAGGGCAAGAGGCGAUACGUCGCAGGCCAAUAAUCCGAAUUCCUGAAAAUGAUAAAGGGAAGGGCCCAUCAGAGGAGAGUGAACUGGAGGAGUCAGAUAGUGAUGACGAUAAUCCAACCAGGCUUGCUAAGAUG